CCUCGCCUCCGCCCUCGAACGAGCCCCGAGCCAAGCACAGCGCCGCAGCGAGAUCUGCAUGCUGCUGAUCAGCAGCUGGGCACGUCUGCGGCGCUGUGCUCCGAGAGCGGCAGCACUGCGCAUGAGGGCCUGCGCGCAGCAUCUCGAGCACUCUGGUCUCUGUACUCUUACUCUUGCGGCAGCGGCAUGGCUCGGCUCUGCCAGCCAGCACCCGUGCGGGAGGUCUCCGGCCGGCCUUGCCAAGCAGCAGCAGCAGCGAUCCCGAGAUGCGGCUCAGCACCCGACACCGUCCUUUUGAUCACUCGGCUCGGGACUCUGUGCCGCAUCUCGGCAUCAGCACGCAGGGUGCAGUUGGCAGCUGCAUGGGAUGCGCUGCGAGGCCAUGCCGUGCUCCACGCGCGCCAGGCCCAACGGCCGCCGCAUGCGCCGAAGCCCCUGCGCCGCGCGCUGGAGGCAACCGCGCCGGCGCGCACAGCCCGCAGCACACCCUCCCUUCAAGGCUUGCACGCCUCCCCCAACUCAGCGCUGCAUGCUGCAAUCAGACUUGGCUUGCGAGGGUCCAGCAUCAGGUGCAGGACCGACUGCGACGACUGCCUCGACUUGUGAGAUGGACAACGCGGCGCAGGAACGAGCGCCUGGCGCGACGUUGGCUCCCACGCAGACUGCAGCGAGCCGAGUCUUGUAGCAGUCGAGUUGGCGUUGCUCCGCAUCGCGUCGCCCGUCGGUACUUGUGCUGCUGCAGCAGCCAGCUGCAGCAGCCAGCCUCUUUCAUCGCAUCACAUCUGUCUGCACCC